UAAAGAGUUCUUUACGAUGAUCGCUCCGGUCGCUAGGCCCGUGGCACGGCCGUGGACGGACGACCUCCCGAAGUGCCGCAAUACGUGCGUAGCGUCGUAUUUUUCACGACUAGGAGGCGGGAAUGUAGACUCCAAUGACGACUAUCUCUGCUUUCAUUGCCAGACUGAAGAUAACUCGAGCUUAUAUGGAGUAUUUGAGCCCCACAAUGGGCUGGAGGCGGCCCAGUUCAUCAUGCAGCGCAUGGCGGCCGAGCUGCUGUUCCCGCCGCCGUCCGCCAGCAAUACUGACGAGGAGAUCAGGGACCGGCUGAGGAAUGCUUUUAGCUCUGUAGAGAAAGCGUACACUGAGAACUAUGACAGCAUGAUCGCCGAGAGGACCAGCCUGCAGUACCAGCUGCAGACACUCAAAGAAUCGCAGGCGGUAGAGGCGAUCCUGGCGCGGCUGAAGGAGAUCGACCGACAUUUGUCAGGGGGCGCCACUGUCGUUAUAGCUCUAGUGCAUAACAACAAGCUGUUUUGUGCCAAUGUUGGUUGCUGCCGAGCUUUGCUGUGUCGAACGGACGCCAAUUCAGUGUUAAGGGUGGUACAGUUGACAGCGGACCAUAGUUUGUCCAAUGAAGAUGAGUUGCUUCGGCUGAGGCAACUAGGCUUAGACACUAAUAAACUAAGAAAUGGCAUGUACGUGGGAAACCAGGCGGGCACGCGCUGCCUCGGCAACUAUUUGGUUAAGGGGCUGCACCGCGCCUUCCCUUGGCUGAGCUCCGCGCGCGCCGCGCCCGUGGCCGCCGCGCCCGAGCUGCACGGGCCCGUCGCGCUCGACGACUCCUGCAGAUUCCUAGUCCUCGUCAGUUCCGGAGUCUACAAACGCAUAGCCGAAGUGAAAGGCAGCAGCGAGCAAGCGAACAAACAACUCGCCCAAAUCAUAGUAGAGAACUUCCGCUCCCAGACCGACUUCAAAAAAGUCAGCCAAUCCGCUCUCGACGAGAUCGAACAAGAGUUUGUCUCAUACUGCGUUAAAAAUAACUUAACACCAAAGUCUAACACACAUAUGACAUUGCUAAUAAGGAAUUUCAACUUUAUUCAAAUUGAUCCGGAGCCUAGUUUGGUUCCGAAGCACCAGAAUCCGUCGGUUCGCUUCAAUCCAAUAGUUCAAUCUAAGUCGAACACAUUACUGAAUGAGUUAGACUCUGAAAUUUACUCGUCCGAGACUACAGAAUCGAAUGUAGAUACGAAUAGGUCUAAUAGGUCUACGGAGUCAGGGUCUGACAUAGAGCCUGGAAGGCAGUAUGAUAGAGAUAGAAAGAUUAAGGGUUAUGUGGAUUUUUCGUGUUAUUAUGAAAAUGUUGAGAAGGCGAGGAAAAAUGGGACAUUGCCCAGUUUUAUUGAAUGAUGGUUUGCAAUUAAUUAUUAGGU